UCAAGCGGCAACCCAAACAAUAUGCUUGGUAAUAAUUUACGCUCACCUUAUGGUAGCGCACAUAGGAAUGACAGUAUGCUAAUGUCAGGCAUCAGUGGCACGGGCUCCAACAGGAACCUGAAGCCACGUCCAUCGUCCAACAACCUGAAGUGGAAGUGGAACACCAAGGACAAGCCCAGUGACAGCAGAGAGAAGAAGAAGACCUCGGGCAGAAAGGACUCUGAGCGCAAGAUCAAGGGCACAUCAAACGGCAUACUCAAGAAGAAGAACACUAUAAUGGACUUUGGCAACAGUGAUGGAUUCAAUGGCGGUGGCGUUGGCGAGAACGUCACCGAGGGCCUGCCAAUCACCGAUGGCGGCGACGACCGUAGCCAGCAAGGUCCCUCAUCCAGCGGACCUCAUGUGGACUUGGCCGCCGCGUCCAAGGACAAGCAGGACACUGAGCCAAUGUUUGACCCGGACCUUUCGCCCGAGGAGAUGGAGGAGAAGAUCCGCCAACACAAGGCAUUCCUGCAACAGGGCAAGGAUGGCGCGUCCACCGGUACACUGACCAAGAAGAAGUCCCAACACAAUCUGAGGCGCAAGCUCACGUCCAACACGAUGCAAGACCAGUCUUUCGAGACGCUCGAGUCAAUCAUUGGUGAGGAGAAGAAGGAGGUGGUCUUUGAGCUCAAGCCGUACUUCUCGCACACAAUCCUGCAGGCGACAAUGGCCGUGUUCCUCGUGUGGAACUUGUUCUACUUUGCAUACCGUGCUGGCUGGACGAUCAACACGUUCGACAUGUUCACGAUGGCUUUCUCGGCGAUCUUCUACGCCGUCGAGUUCAUCUCUUUCCUGGCCACCAUCCUGCAUUUCAACAACUUCACCAACCCGGCCACUAUGAUCCUGGUCACCACGCUCGAGCAGAUCCUCACCAAGCGUCGCAAGAAGUUCCCCACCGUCAUGAUGUACAUCACCACCUACAAGGAGCCACCCUCCAUCGUAUCCAGGACAUUCCGCACCACCAUGUCCAUGGACUACCCAGGCGAGAACCUUUGGGUCGGUCUGCUGGACGACUCAAUCAACUUCCGUGAGUCGCGUGGUUGGGCGCAUCUCCAGUCCGUCGAGAAGAACUUCCUGAUGCAGCUGCUGCAGCGUUCGAUCUACGCCGUGCAUCAGAUCGCGCCACCAGUCGCCCAUCCCAACGAAGACCCACACGGUAUCCUCAGCGAGACUUCCGACCGCAUUGAGAAGACCACCCGCGAGAUCAUUGAGAAUGAGGUGCAAUGGUUCGUCGAGUUCUUCCUGCUCAACUCGUGGUUUGGAAUCAAUCGCGAGGACUCGCACGAUCCCACCGAGGCUGAGCGCACGUUCCUGGCCAUGCUGCGUGAGGACCACUUCUCGCCAUACCGCACGUUUGAUGCUGCUGAGCGUGAGAUGAUCGACAACUUCUCCAUCGAAUCGCUGCAGUCACUCUGGCACGGAAACGCCAUGUACCGUCCACUGAUCCGUUCGGUGCUCAUGCGCAAGGAGUACGUCAAGAACUUCAUCCUGGAGCACAACCUGUCGUACCGUCUGCGUUUCCUCAACGUCGAAGCACUCAACCUUGCACAGUACGCGGUGCUCAUGAUGGGUCGUCACGAGCUGCCAUUCGACGAGGUGUCAACUGGAAAUGUGCGUAUUGACUUUGAGCCAACAGGCAGCAUUGUGUCUCCCCGCUGCACCUACCUGCGUCGCAAGAAGCCACCCAUUCCUCACAACAAGGCCGGUAACAUCAACAAUGGUGUGUUCAACGAGUCGACCAAGGCGGACUUUGAGUUCAUCGGUCUGCUCGAUGCCGAUCAGCAGCCACAUCCCGACUUCCUCAAGCGUGUGAUGCCCUACUUCUACAGUGACGAGGGUGCCGAGCUGGCCUUUGUGCAGACGCCCCAGUUCUUCAGUAACAUCUACCCCGUGGACGACCCGUUGGGACAUCGUAACAUGGAGUUCUACGGUCCUGUAAUGGAGGGUCGUUCGGCCAACAACGCCUGCCCAUUCGUAGGAACCAACGCCAUCUUCCGUCGCCAGCCACUCUAUGACAUUGGAGGCAUUAUGUACAACUCUGUGACAGAGGACAUGUAUACCGGUAUGAAGCUGCAGGUGUCUGGCUUCAAGUCGUGGUACCACAACGAGGUGCUGGUGGUCGGUACUGCGCCCGUCGAUCUCAAGGAGACGCUGGAGCAGCGUAAACGUUGGGCUCAGGGUGCCGUAGAGAUCUUCUCGCUGACGCCCUGGAUGUACAUUCAAGGCAAGCUUGGAUGGCGCAAGAUGCUCUACAACAUGGACUCGUGUAUCUAUCCAUUCCUGUCGCCAACUGCCUUCUUCUACGGUAUUGCCCCAUUGAUGAUGUGUCUGUGGACAGUGCCAAUCGUCGUCAAGGACCCUGUGAUCUUCAUUCUCGUGGGUAUGAUUCCAGUCAUGAUCUUGCCAAGAAUCAUUCAAUACAUGAUCCUGCGUGCCAAGAGACCCUAUGAGCAGGGCAAGAGUGGACCAUCUCUUUGGGUCGAGCCCACUGAUCUCUGGAGAGCCGAGCAGACAUUCUUUGGAUUUGCUGGCACAUACUGUUCCGCUUGGAAGGCUGGCUCGGCGUCGAUCGUCCGUCUGCUCAAGAGUCGCAAGAUCAGCCGUCAUAAGCUGGCCAUGUGGAACUGGAAGCGUGACUUUGUCAAGAAGCCCGUCAUCACUGAAGGAUUCCGUCAGUCCAAGCUGGUGAAGCAGGGCGACGUCGAGGAGGAGAAAGGCCCAAGAAAGGCCGAGCAGUCCUUCCGUUCGUCCAACAAAGAGUCCGACACGAUCAAGAACUCUCGUCUGUUCCUUGCCAAUCUGGGCAUGUUUGGAGCCAACGUCCUGGCCAUCCUGCUGACAUUCCUGCGUUUCAACUGUUUCCAAGAUGAGAUGUGGCUGCUGAUGGUCGUGGCUGGCUUUGCCUUUUCGACCUGCUGGCAUCUUUGGUCAUUCAUUCCAAUGGCUCUGCGUCAGUCCGAGAAGCAGUGGCCAUACGCAUCAUCCUACCAUGCACACAACAUUGUAAUCUUUAUGAUUCUGGCAUUCCUGGUACUUCUAUUCGUCAAGGUGCGUGUCUGUAUCCCACGUGUCAACUAA